AUGACACCCCAAAACCUCGUGUUCCUUCCUCUUUCAACCCCUAAAUUAUCCAUCGGAUGCGCAAUACUAGAUGAUUGCUUCGGGGUGGGAUACCCUCUUUGUCUCCAACUUACGGUACGAGCUCAGCUCCCACCCUCACAUGGCGGACUAGGAGGCUCCUCCGUCUACAUAUUCACAGAAUUCAACUUCUCAUUUGGUCGAUUGCAACAACUAGGCAACCUUUAUCAUGCAUCAUACCCCAACUUAAUAAGGUUGGAGCCAUUGGAAGACAUAUAUGUUCAUGGCAUUCAUGAUGCUCAACAACUCAUCCAUGUCCUUGGAGACAUACAAGCACUUAUUGCCAUUGAUCACACCCGCACUACAUUGUUCCGAUCACAGUAUCAGACAACACUAGCAGAUUUGAAACGGCGGUCUGAAAUGUUCUUCAACAUAUCUGGGACAUUGAAGGGUUUAGCAAAUAAGUUUGGGUUGGUGGUGGUUGUCACCAACGAAGUGGUGGAUUUUAUUGGGCCACAUGAUGGAGUGAAUGGGGUGAGGUUGGGAAACUUGGAGUCCCUAGACACAUCAGGCAGAUGGGUGAGUCCAGCUUUGGGAUUGGCUUAG